AUGAAGGAGCCUGGGGAGCGGAAUUAUUCGGAUAUCCGAUGGCAGCUCAUUCUUCUCGGCCUGUUCCGUUUCAGUGAAGCCCUGGCGUGGACUACCAUAUUCCCUUAUGCGUUCCCCAUGAUGAAGUCGUUUCUUCCCGAGAACGAUGCGCAAGCUGCGCGCGCGGCGGUUCUCGCAUCUAGCACCGUCUCGCUUUUCACGUUUGGCGAAUUCUUGACGAGCGUACCCUGGGCCAAAGUCAGUGACCGGAUUGGACGGAAGUGGACUUUGAUGAUAGGCGUUGCCAGCGGCAUCGUUUCAGCACUCGUCUUUGGGCUUUCCAAAAACCUGGGUGUUGCCCUUGCUGCUCGCGCCUUUGGCGGUUUAGCCAAUCCGAAUGUUGGUGUGGUUUCUACCUCUGUCGGAGAGUUGGUGAAAAAUAAAAGGGAUCAAGGAAAGGCAUUUUCGGUGGUGCCGUUCCUGAGAGCCCUGGGGAGUCUCAUUGGGCCUGUAAUUGGCGGUUGGCUGGCAGAUCCUACGAACACAAUACCUUCUAUCUUCUCCAAGGGUAGUAUAUGGGAGAAAUACCCAUAUCUACUUCCAAAUUUGGUCGUGGUCCUGUCAAUUGCAGGUAGCGGGCUGCUAGGGUUUUUCCUACUUGAAGAAACGCAUCCUCGUUUUCAGGAUAGUCGGAACGUUGGAUUAGAGAUGUCUCAAUGGCUAUUCCAAAAAACUAGGAUUAUCCUAGGCUAUACUGAUACCCAAAAAUACACAACGCUAUCUCCUGAUGAGGAUAGCGAUAUCCCGCUCCAGCGUGGGGAGGACGUCGAAAUGUCUAGCGUUAUAGAGCCAAAUGAGCCAAUCGAAGAGGAAAAUGAUUUGGUUACAGAGUCUAAGCCACCGAUAAAAUCAGCGUAUACACUACAAGUCAUUCUGCAGAUUCUAGCAGCAUCGAUAAUAGGCUUCCACAAGGUAUCAUCGGAUGUUAUCAUCCCUAUUUUCUUAGCCCAGAGUAACGAACCGACAUCAGGCGGCAGGAAACGCGAUUUUUUCGAGUUCACCGUUGGCUUUGGCAUGACUUCCCCCAGUAUCAGCAAUAUCCUCCUAUCCCAGGCUGUGGUGGCAGUCAUAGCCCAAAUGUUCAUCGUGCCAAAAGUGAUUUCUCACUUGGGACCCUUGAAAGUCUUUCGCUGGGUCGCAUUCAUCUUUCCUUGGCUGUACUGCCUCACACCAUUCACUGCCCGGCUGGACCAGCCGCUAUCCACAAUAUUCCUCCUCAUAGAUCUUUGGAUUAAAGGAGUUCUGAUCAGCUUAGGCUACACAGCAUCUAACAUUUUAUUGACUAACACGUCGCCAUCCCCUCUCCAUCUCGCGACUAUCAAUGGAGCUAACGCCUCGAUGGGCUCCCUAGCAAGGUCUGUUGGAGCUGCGGUCUCGGGGUCAAUGUUCCAUCUAGGACUCCAAUACCACGCUAUUGGUCUGCCAUUUUGGGCCUUGACCGUGGUUGCCGGGAUUGGGGCUAUACUAUCUCGCUUCUUGAGAGAUGGGCCUUGA